AAAUCGCCAGUUGUGGAGAGAAUAGGGACACAUCUCGACUGGAAAGUCGCUGAAUCCUUUUGGUCGUCCUCCGUGAUAAAUUUCUCGCCCACUUGCGCGAGAAAAGUGUGAAUUUCUGACACGCUUUUGUAAACCAUCAGAGGGAUUUCUUCGCGGGAGAAAACAACAACAAAAACAAUAAAUGGCGAGUGAGCAAUUUACUGUGAUCUUGUGGUAAAACUUUUAAGAGGAUUUGAGGUCUACACGGGCAGUUCCGCACGGUUUAAGGAUAAUCAGUGUGUCAGUUUGGGCUUUCUUAUGUAAAGCAGCUGUCUUUGAAGGCGGAUCUCUAAGCAGGUUAGAUCAGGACGGAGCAGAGGAGCUGAGACUCAGACAGCGCGUGAGGCAGCGAGCACGAAACUCUUGACGGAGAAAGUGUGUCUGUAGACAAGUUGAAGUGGAUUUUCACCGGUUUACAGAGCGGAUUCAUUCAUUCAUAUUCACGUGUGCUUAGAGGCUGCGUUAAAGCGACGCUGUGGACGUUUUGAUGUAUGCAAACGGUUUGAGUUGGCUCAGUUGGGAUACCUCGCGGAGGAUAAAUGUGGGAAGUAGCGCAAUCACGAGUUGAAGAGUAAACUACUUUGGUGAGGGAAAGACCGUCAACAUCUCAGCAGCGGUGCAUAUGAGCUUUUGAAGGAGGAAUUAUCAUCUGCGGGAUGGGAAUUGAACGUAAACUGUGAACAAAGUUUUCUAAUAUGUCUUAAAAUCUAAGAAUUUUUCACAGAAUCACAUUUCUUGGUUGAAUUGAAACCUGUUACUAACUCUAUUUGACUGACUCACAUAUUCUCUACAACAGAGAAAGAUGUGUUUGCAUCUUCAUUGAGGCUGUUUCAUUGUUUUCUUCUACUUUUAUGGAAUGCAGUGACAACAAAGCAACUUUUGUAGAACAAAUACAGUUUAACACCUUUUUUGAAAUACAUUUAUGCAAUUCCUUUUUCAUUCCUGCUACAUGAGUUAAUAUAGAAAGACAAUGUUUGUUGCCACUGUUGGACUUGGUAUUGUUCUGCUGUGUGUGGCUGGGUUUUGUUCCGCGAUCAGUUCCAUUGACCCUGACCGGCCGGGCGAAGGAAGAUGCCAGGAGAUCGCCAUUCCUCUUUGCAAAGACAUUGGCUACAACUUGACAGUUAUGCCAAACUUAAUGGGACAUGAGGAUCAAAGUGAGGCGGCCAUUAAACUGCAUGAGUUUGCGCCGCUUAUUGAGUUUGGCUGCCACAGCCAUCUGAAGUUUUUCCUGUGCUCACUCUAUGCGCCCAUGUGCACCGAACAGGUAUCCACACCUAUUCCGGCAUGCCGUGUAAUGUGCGAGCAGGCUAGGCAGAAGUGUUCGCCCAUCAUGGAGCAUUUUAACUUCCACUGGCCUGACUCACUGGACUGUUCCAGGCUGCCAAACAAGAAUGAUCCCAAUUAUCUUUGUAUGGAGGCCCCUAACAAUGGCACCGAUGAGCCCCCAAAGGGGUCCCACACUCAGUCGCCAGACUCCCGACCCCCUCGGCCAGGUAACAACCAAGAACUUCCUAUUAAGGAAAGGGUGGGUAAGACAUCGUGCAGCAAUCCUGGAAAGUUUCAUUAUGUGCAGAAGAGCGAGUCCUGUGCCCCCAAGUGUUACUCCAAUGUUGAUGUGUACUGGAGCCAGGGUGACAAGCGCUUCUCUAUGGUGUGGAUUGCUGUCUGGUCCAUCCUGUGCUUUAUCUCCAGUGCCUUUACCGUACUCACCUUCCUCAUUGAUCCUCAGCGCUUUAAGUACCCUGAGCGGCCCAUCAUAUUCCUCUCUAUGUCCUACUGUGUUUACUCGGUGGGCUUUCUCAUAAGACUUUUUGUGGGGGUGGAAAAUGUGGCUUGUGACCGCGAUAGUGGUGUGCAGUACAUCAUCCAGGAAGGCUUGGAGAGCACCGGAUGCACUAUAGUCUUCCUUAUUCUCUACUACUUUGGAAUGGCCAGUUCAUUGUGGUGGGUCAUUCUUACCCUAACGUGGUUCCUGGCAGCUGGAAAGAAAUGGGGGCAUGAGGCCAUUGAAGCCAACAGCAGCUACUUCCAUCUGGCAGCAUGGGCUAUACCGGCCAUCAAGACCAUCGUGAUCCUGGUUAUGAGGAAGGUGGCGGGAGACGAGCUUUCAGGGGUGUGCUAUGUUGGCAGCAUGGACGUCAAAGCCUUGACCGGUUUCGUCCUUAUUCCCCUCUCUUGCUACCUCAUCAUUGGCACUUCCUUUCUGCUCUCUGGGUUCGUUGCACUCUUUCACAUCCGUAAAGUUAUGAAGACUGAAGGAGAGAACACGGAUAAGCUGGAGAAGCUGAUGGUGCGGAUCGGCAUCUUCUCAGUUCUUUACACGGUCCCCGCCACUUGUGUCAUCGCAUGCUAUUUUUAUGAGCGACUCAACUUGGAUUAUUGGAAGAUAUUAGCAAGUGAGCAGAAGUGCCUAGAAGGUGGUAAGAGUGGCGAGGAGUGUGUGAUGAAGAGCUCUAUCCCAGCCGUGGAGAUCUUCAUGGUUAAAAUUUUCAUGUUGUUGGUGGUGGGCAUCACCAGCGGCAUGUGGAUCUGGACAUCCAAAACGCUGCAGUCUUGGCAGAAUGUUUUCAGCCGCAAACUGAAGAAGAAGACGAGGAGAAAGGCUGCAUGUGUUUUCACAGGCACUGGACCUUAUCUCAAGCCUCAUCCCACACUGAAAGGACAUAAAACCAAGUACGAACCAGCAGGUCCUCCUGCAACAUGUGUAUGAGCCUGGCCUCUGUACACACACACACACAGCCAAGAAACUAAAUAAAUGCUGGACUCUGACCAAACAAAAACUGCUAUAUACAGAGAGGAGCCAGCAAAGGACACAACAAUGCUUGUAUUUAUUUUAUGCAAACUUAAGUUGUUAAAAUGAUGCAACAACCCCAACAAGUUUUUUUAUUUGAAGCUAUGAGAUAAAUCUCUGCUUAGUCUUUAGUUCUUAGUCCUUAUACUACAUCUAAAACUUUGCAGAGUUUGGGGAGUGUUUGUUUUCUGAAGCAAAGAAAAAAAGCAAAUCCCUGUUGCCAUUUCUAUAUGUCAUUGGGAUGCCUGUAUCAUGUGCAAUAGUUGUUUCCCUUAGUGACAGAGAGAAAGGGGCUCUUACACUGUAGGGCUGUGAUUAAAGACAAUGAAAGGACUCGACAAACAAUGGGCGUGAAUGGAUCGGGGAAAAGCAGCUCCUCCGUGGCAUAGUCGUGUGGCUUUUCUAUGGAAAUGAAGGCCGUGUCAUACACAACUGCAUUGACAUUGGAGUGCAGCUGCUCAAUAAGGCCUGAGCAGAGAAUGAACUGCCUAUUGUUAGGCCUUUUCAUGGAACAAAGUAAAUCUUAAAGCACUAAAUAUUGCAGACACAAAGAGAUGACUUGUAUUUGAGUUGUUUUGUACAGUGAGUUCAUGCCCCCUGGUUUGUUGUGUUAUGCCAAGCUCUUUUUAUGUCCUACAGAUAUUUGUGUAUAUGUCUAAAGGUUCAUAUUUUAUAAGAAUAAAUAAAAAAGCAUUUUAGUUUUUAAUGUUUUGAAACUAAUGCUGUGAACCACAAA